GUCCACUCAUCAUAAUCCUAAAAACUCUGAAAAGUGGGUGGAUUUUUUGAGUGCUUGUAAAUUGACUGCCAAUCAAUCCCCAAUCAGCACAAUGAUUGGGGGCCUGUUUGUGUAUAACCACAAAGGCGAAGUCCUUAUAUCUCGAGUCUACCGUGACGACAUUGGCAGAAAUGCAGUGGAUGCCUUUCGAGUGAAUGUUAUCCAUGCAAGACAGCAAGUGAGGUCGCCAGUUACUAAUAUAGCCAGAACUUCUUUUUUCCAUAUCAAGAGAGCAAAUAUCUGGAUUGCUGCUGUAACAAAACAAAAUGUCAACGCUGCCAUGGUAUUUGAAUUCCUACUCAAAAUCAUUGAAGUUAUGCAAUCCUAUUUUGGUAAAAUCUCUGAGGAAAAUAUCAAAAAUAAUUUUGUGCUCAUCUAUGAACUGUUAGAUGAAAUUCUUGACUUUGGUUAUCCCCAAAAUACUGAUACUGGUGUUCUUAAAACCUUUAUUACUCAGCAAGGCAUAAAAUCAGCUACCAAAGAAGAACAGGCUCAGAUUACUUCUCAGGUAACUGGCCAGAUUGGAUGGAGAAGAGAGGGCAUCAAAUAUCGCCGAAAUGAACUGUUUUUGGACGUUUUGGAGUAUGUGAAUUUGUUGAUGUCCCCUCAAGGUCAGGUCCUCUCUGCUCAUGUAGCUGGUAAAGUUGUAAUGAAAUCAUAUCUGUCCGGUAUGCCAGAAUGCAAGUUUGGCAUCAAUGAUAAGAUAGUGAUGGAAGCGAAAGGCAAGGGAAGUCUGGGCUCGACUUCUGACUCAGAUCCAGCCAGAUCAGGGAAACCGGUCGUUGUUAUUGAUGAUUGUCAAUUUCAUCAAUGUGUCAAGCUUAGUAAGUUUGAAACUGAACAUUCCAUUAGCUUCAUACCACCUGAUGGCGAAUUUGAACUUAUGAGAUACCGGACUACUAAGGACAUAUCUUUACCAUUUAGAGUAAUCCCAUUAGUCCGAGAAGUGGGCCGCACAAAAAUGGAAGUGAAAGUGGUCUUGAAGAGUAACUUCAAACCUUCAUUGCUGGGUCAGAAAAUUGAAGUAAAGAUUCCCACACCCUUAAACACUUCCGGUGUCCAGCUGAUUUGUCUAAAAGGCAAAGCCAAGUACAAGGCGUCAGAAAACGCAAUAGUAUGGAAGAUUAAGCGUAUGGCUGGUAUGAAAGAAACUCAACUCUCGGCUGAAAUUGAACUACUAGAGACAGACACGAAAAAGAAAUGGACUCGUCCACCAAUUUCCAUGAACUUUGAGGUGCCAUUUGCACCAUCUGGCUUCAAGGUGCGCUAUUUGAAAGUGUUUGAGCCAAAACUCAACUAUUCGGACCAUGAUGUCAUUAAAUGGGUGCGGUAUAUUGGAAGAAGCGGCCUCUAUGAGACCAGAUGUUGAAUUAGCUUGAAUACUCUGAUAUAUAUUAAGGCAUAUAGCAUAUUCGGUAGUUGAAAUAUUUGAAAUAAUCUAUGUAGAUUUUAGUCUGGUAUAUAACUUCUUUAGAAAUUAAUGUAUUUGUUUUAGGCUCACAAAAAAGUCUUGACCAAAGUGUUUUGUUAGGAAUGUGGCUUUGAUAAUAGAUAAAGUGGGUUGUCUAACUAAUUCCGUAUUUCUUCUUGGUUAUUCACUAUGGGGGUAUAACAAAACGAAUUUAAUUUGCUAGCUUUGGAAGGUGACUUGUUUACUUGUGUAUUAUAUUAAUUCAUAUUAUAAAAGCCACAUACUCUCCAGUAAGAAUUUUUUUCUUGUAACCAUGCCAUGGCAAUUAUUUUUCAAUAAUAUAGUUUCAAAUGUCGGCCCAGUUCUCAUAUAUAUACCAUAGCUUUGUUCCAACCGUUCCUCAGAAUCUCAUAUCAUGAAUGCCAUUCAUUCUUGUUUAUUUAAUUUUCCAUUAAAAAAAUUGCUAUAUGUAAUCUAUGUAUCUGUUCAGUUGUCACAAAUAAUAAAACUUCCAAAAUUGAAAAAGAUUUCUUCCCUGAUUUGUUAAUAUUAUAUAUUUUUGAUUUGUCGAAAGUCGCUCCAGACGCAAAAGGUAACAAAUUUGUGACAAAUCUCAGUAAUUGACAAUGCUGAUGAAUAUUGGAUCACUCAGCUGACAGCAGCUGUACCAACCUUGAGAAAACCGCUGCAUGCAUCAGCCCUUUGUCAGCAAGACUAAAUGUUUUAAGAAUGUCUAAAAAAUUUUCACAAAAAAAAUCUGACUAUGUACCUAGUCAGAAAAUAUUAUUUUUUGAACAUUUCCAAACCAAUGUUUGACCACGAAUGUUGUUUGCAUCUUUCAAUUUGAAAAUAUAUAUGUUGUUAUUAGCAUUGUCCGAAAAAUAUUCAGUGUUGGAUCAAAAACUAACUUUCAAAAAAUAUUUUGUGAUAUAUGGCUCUGGAAUCGUCUCUGUAAUCAGAAUAAUAGUUGGUGUGAGCAUCUGGAUACUUGCCUGUCACUCUUUGUCAUUUCAAGUUCAAGUUGGUAUAGCAAAAGGAGACUUUCACAAAGUAGGCAGAUUGUUUGUUGAGUUAAGCUUAAUUAUUUCUUACCAAAUUAAUUGUGUGCUAAGUGUUUUUUGUCAUUUUUAUUUAGAUUGGACGAUUGGUUCGUUUUUAUGAACUCCCUAACUAAUAGAAAAAAGAUUAAUUCUCUACUAAAAAUAUCUUAAAUUUAUCUUUUAGAGAAUAAGUAUGUAUAUUUUUGUUAUUAUUUUUUACUACAGUGGUAUAUUUUGUUUCAAAUAAUACUCACUGAUUAUAUUAUUAUUAUAAGACAUGUAAAUUACCAAGCUGUUGGUCCAUACAUAUAUUCCUGGAUUAUAAAUGAUUUCCUUAUUAUUGAAAUUGCUGAGCAUUCUGUAUUGUAUUUAAAUGUAUGUUAGUAGAAUUUGAGCCAGGAAGUUAUUGUAAAUCUUAUGUUAAAAUUCGCCAUAUUGGUCAUAGACAAAUAUGAAAAAUUUUUCAAGAAACAUUUGUAGAAAAUAAUUAUUAUGUGUGGACUUUGUGAAAUUUAUCUGUAAAGCUUAUUAAGUUUGGUAAUUCAAAAUUGUAUUUAAUUGAUUGUAUUGAAUGCUGUGUCACAUAAAGAAAUUAAAAUAAUUUUCAAGCGAUUUUGAUAUCCCUUAAUAUAAUCA